AUGACCUUGCCUACUCUCCCCCGGUGGCGCUCUAACGAGGAUCUUAUAGAGGAGGGAGAUCCGUUAGAAGACAGGCAGUUACUGGAUCAGCUUCCAACGAGGAUAGAGGAGAUUAAAGCACGUUUGGAGAGUGGAGAGGGUUUGGAGGAAGAGGCGCCUAGAGUUGGAGCAGGGGAGAGGAGGCGGCAAGGGGAUUUGGGGAAGUGGCAGGGAGGGAGAGGAGGUAGAGGGAACCGGGGGCAAGGACGGGGUGAAUGGGUGAGUGCUGAGGCGAAGGGUGGGCAGUUGUUAGGGCAGGAGAAGGGGCGAAGCAGUGAUAGGGAGAAGGAGAGGAAAGAGGGGAGCACGAGAGACAGGGAGAAGGGAGAGGGAGACCGGGAGGAGCAGCAGAGCAUGAGUGGUGGGUGUAACAGUGCUGCUGCUGCGGAGGAAAUUGGCAGUGGGGCAGGUCAAAUUGGUGGUUUGAACAAUGAAAGCAGUGAGAGGGAGGCGUUAUCUGGGGAAGAUGUGGGAGUGGGGGAGGUGGCGGUGACGAGUGGAGGUGGGGAGUCAGGGCUUUGGACGGAUUACCUCAAGAAGGGGUUGACUCGGCUGUUGGAAGCUCAGAACGCCCCCAGUGAUGAUGAAGAUGAUGAUUAUGAUCACGAUCGUGAUCGUGAUGUGGUGCAGAAAGAGCAGGCGGGCGGAAAGGAUGAGGAGACGGGGGAGAUUGGGGAGACGGGGGAGAGAGGAGAGAUGGUUGGGAGGAAAGGAGGGGGGGGAGAGAGAGCAAGGGGCGUGUUGGAUCUGCCGAGUGAGGGAGUGGAGGGGGAGGGGGAAGCUGCUGGAAAGGCGAGUGAGGAGGAGGAGGUAGAGGAGAUUGUGAGGGUCAAACCGGGUCGGAUGGGGAUGGGAAUGGGGAUGGGGAUGGGGACGGGGAUGGGGGGGGUGGAUGAAGCCGCAGCAGGGAGAGGGGCAGAUGGGCAAGGAGCGAGUGUCGUGCCACCAGGGGUGCAAGCUGCUGCUGCAGCAGCAGGAGGAGGGGGGGGACCGGAUUCGGAUAGCCUAAGCAAGUUCUUUUCCGCCUCGAACCCCAUAUUCGUUUGUAAGAACCUCACUGUAAACCUCACUAUAGUCGACUGCAACGACAGCGCCGCCCGGAUCCUCCGCGUCGCCCAGAAUGAACGCAGCACCCGAAUCUUCGGCCAAUCACCAGUCGUCUUCUCGCCGCCCGUGCAACCCGAGGGAAUCCUAUCCGCAGUAGCAAGCGAGCAGCGCUGGCUGGAUAUAGCUACGAGCAAUGGCCGCCCGUUCCGGUUCCCCUGGGUGCACAUGUCAAUCGACGGUCAGAUGUUUCUCGUGGAGGUGAUGGCGAUGGUGCUAGUGGACGGCCCAGAUACAUUCCACAUCACCAUGUGGAAACAGUACCUCAACUCCUCGUCUCUUACCCGCGAGUUGCGGCUCGCCGCCCGCGCGAAACGGGCAGCCGAGAGGUCUCGAGUUCAAUUCCUGGCGAACAUGAGUCAUGAGCUGAGGACACCUAUUAAUGGCGUGUUGGGGUAUGCACAGCUGAUGAUGCAGACACAGCUUGAUCCGGAGCAGCAGUCUUAUCUGCAGAGUAUAUACGAGUCGGGAGAAGUGCUGCUGGGAACGGUUUCUCAGGCUCAGCUGGAUCCGGAGCAGCAGUCGUACCUGCAGAGUAUAUACGAGUCGGGAGAAGUGCUGCUGGGAACGGUCUCGCAGGUGUUGGAGAUGAGUCAGCUGCAGAAGCGGGAGGUGGUGCCAAGGCAGGUGCGGUUUGAUCUGCACAGGGCUAUUGGGGAGGCGGCUGGCAGCAUGCGGCCUCUGGCGCACAGGAAAGGGCUGCAGGUGGGUGCUGCUGGGUGCAGGCGGGUACGCUUCGAUCUGCACAGGGCCAUUGGGGAGGCGGCUGGCAGCAUGCGGCUUCUGGCUCACAGGAAAGGGCUGCAGGAGGGUGCCAAUGGGUGCUGGUGGGUGCUGAUGGGUGCUGGUUCGGGAGGGAAGCAGAGGGUUCUGGAUCAGAGGGUGUUGCAGGUAAGGCUGGGUAAAAGGGAGGUGUUGCCAAGGCUGGUGCGGUUUGAUCUGCACAGGGCGAUUGGGGAGGCGACUGGGAGCAUGCGGCCUCUGGCGCACAGGAAGGGGUUGCAGGUGGGUGCUGAUGGGUGCUGCUCAGUGCUGGUGGGUGCAGGGUGUUUUUUUAGUGGGUAUUGUUCGGAUCAGCAUGGACAGGGCAGUGCCGCACGCAGUCCUGGGGGACCCAUCCAUGCUGCGCCAGCUGCUGCUGCACCUGCUCUCCUCCUCGUAAUGCAAUUGGUGCCGAUUCUCUCACUUCCUCCCUCUUCCCCCAUACAUCCUCCCCCAUCCCAGUUCGGGAUCAGCAUGGACAGGGCAGUACCACACGCAGUGCUGGGGGACCCAUCCAUGCUGCGCCAGCUGCUGCUGCACCUGCUCUCCUCCUUUCAUUUCCCUUCCCUACCUUUCCUCUCCCAUCGCCCGUCGCUCUCCCACCCCCCUUCCCCCCCACUCCAGUUCGGGAUCAGCAUGGACAGGGCAGUGCCGCACGCAGUGCUGGGGGACCCAUCCAUGCUCCAUUUCGGGAUCAGUAUGGACAGGGCAGUACCACACGCAGUGCUGGGGGACCCAUCCAUGCUGCGGCAGCUGCUGCUGCAUCUGCUCUCCAACGCCCUCAAGUUCACCCACCAAGGCACCGUGCAGCUCACCGUUCGCGUGCUGGCCCCUCCUGGCGCUGCUGCUGGUUCUGCUGCCGGUGCUGAUUCUCUCGCUUCUUCCCUCUUCUCCCGUGUACCCCCCUCCCUUUGGCAGUUCGGGAUAAGCAUGGACAGGGCAGUGCCGCACGCGGUCCUGGGUGACCCAUCCAUGCUGCGGCAGCUGCUGCUGCAUCUGCUCUCCAACGCCCUCAAGUUCACCCACCAAGGCACCGUGCAGCUCACCGUUCGCGUGCUGGCCCCUCCUGGCGCUGCUGCUGGUUCUGCUGCCGGUGCUGAUUCUCUCGCUUCUUCCCUCUUCUCCCGUGUACCCCCCUCCCUUUGGCAGUUCGGGAUAAGCAUGGACAGGGCAGUGCCGCACGCGGUCCUGGGUGACCCAUCCAUGCUGCGGCAGCUGCUGCUGCAUCUGCUCUCCAACGCCCUCAAGUUCACCCACCAAGGCACCGUGCAGCUCACCAUUCGCGUGCUGGCCCCUCCUGGCGCUGCUGCUGGUUCUGCUGCCGGUGCUGAUUCUCUCGCUUCUUCCCUCUUCUCCCGUGUACCCCCCUCCCUUUGGCAGUUCGGGAUAAGCAUGGACAGGGCAGUGCCGCACGCGGUCUUGGGUGACCCAUCCAUGCUGCGGCAGCUGCUGCUGCAUCUGCUCUCCAACGCCCUCAAGUUCACCCACCAAGGCACCGUGCAGCUCACUGUGCACGUGCUGGCCCCUCCUGGCGCUGCUGCUGGUGCCGCUGGUGCUGCUGGUACUGCUGGUUCUGGUGGGGGAGUGGGGGCGGGAGGGAAGCAGAGGGGUGUGGGUCGAAGGGUGUCGCAGGUUAUGGGCAAUGCAGGGGAAGGGCUACAAGGGGGCUUAGUGGGGAGAGAGUUGCAAGAGCAGGAGGGUAAACAGGAGCAGCAGCAGGCGGAGCAGGUGCAGGAACAGGAGCAGCAGGAGGAGGAGGCCUGUUCUGCUGCUGACUCUCAGGCGGUGUGGGGGAGGAGUGAAGGGGGAGCAAGUGGGAGGGAGAGUGGGACUCGAAUCAUGACUGUUUCAGAAGCCCAGUUGCUGCCGCAGGCUGCUGAGAGGGAGCGCAAGGAGAGGGAGAGGAAAGCGAUGGAGAGGGAAGAGAGGGGGAGGGAGGAGAGGGAGGGGGAAGCGCGGGAGGCGGAAGAAAACGAGGGGGAAGAGAGAGACAAAGACGGACCCGGGACAGAGUUUAGGGCAUCAAAGCAGAUCACAAGGCUUUCAUUUGAGGUGGUGGAUACAGGAGUGGGAGUGCCGCCCAACAUGCUGCAUCAAAUCUUCAAGCCUUUCGUCCAAGUGGACGACUCUGCCGCCCGGGAGUAUCAGGGCCUUGGGCUGGGAUUGGCUAUUGCGCAAUCGCUUGUGCGGCUUCUGGGCGGCGAGGGGAUACAUAUUGAGAGCGAGCCGGAUAAAGGGUCGUGUUUCGCGUUUACCCUUCCUUUUGAGGUGUGGAGAGGGGAGGCGAGGGGUGGAAGGGAGAAGAGGAGGGGAAGGGAGGGUGAGAUUGUGGGAGGGGAGAGAGGGAAGGUGGAGGGAGAGGGAGGAUCGGGGAGAGAGGUUCUCGAGGGGGGGUUCGGGGAUAAUGGCGGAGGGAGGGGCAAGCGAGCAAGGAUAGUUGAGGAGAGAUUAGAUGCGGUGAGGAUGGGUGGGGAGAGGUUCCAGUCGUUUGAGGCUGAUACGGGGGAGAUUGGCAGGUUUGUAGCAGAGGGGGGUGAGUGUGGGGAGAGCAGUAGGGCAGGGAAAGAGGGAGAGGACGCGAGGAAGGGAGUUGCAGGGAGUGUGAAGCGGAAGCGAAGAGAGGAGGGUGGUGAUGUUGAUGAUGAGAUGGGGAUAAGGCAGGAGCGUCAGGGGGAGGAGGUGGGUGGAGGAAUGUGGGGAGAGGUGCAGGGAGGGGAGUGGGGAGAAGAGGGAAGUGAUGAGAUGGAGGAGGAGAGAGGGAAGAACAGAGGGGAGGGGAGGGGGGGGAGUAGCGAUGUAUUGGCACAGAGAGAGGAGGCGAGGAGAAGGAAAUGGAGGGUGCAACACGACAGGGGUUUUUUCAGUGGGGCAAGGCGUGCCAAUAAGGGCCGUUUUGAAGCGCCUCAGAAGCAAGACCAGGGGUUUUCCAGUGGGGCUGGGCCGAGAGGGGAAGGGCGCUUUGCUGAAUCGAACCCCUUGGGUGCCGCGCUGAUCCGAACCACCAGCCCCAUAAGCGCUGCUCUGCUCCGGUCCGAAAUUCCUAUAGGCACUUCGAUAGGUGCUCCUAUGGAUGGUCCUGAGGGUGCUUCUCUAGGUGCUUCCCUGGGGGGUUCUCUGCGGGAUUUCGCCAGUGAGCCUCUCUCACACGACCCUGAAGUGCAAGCCCAGGGCCAUGGGCCUGCACCUAACUUUCAGAGAACAUUCGUCUCUUCUCCUGCCAGCCUGGCAGCAGAUGGGACCACUGCAGCUACAGCAGCGGCUGUAGCGGGUGCGUCCUCUCUCAGGAGUUCCCAAGGAGCAAAUGCAGCCACCGAAGGAAGAGCAGCUGUUGCAGUGGGAGCAGCAGCUGUGUCAACAGAAACCUCUAAUGCACAUCAAGCAACGGGUGCUGGGCGACAUGGCGUGGUGGUAGGCAGCGAGGCAGUGAAUCGCAGUGUGUUACAGCCAGUGGCAGCGGCGGCAACAGCACCAACAGCAGCCGCCGUAGCAGGUGUAGCAACUGUAACACGCGGCAAUAAGGCAGGGCCGGCAGGCACGGCGGGUGCAGGAAAGACAGGCGCGGGGCUGAAGUGCCUUGUGGUGGACGACAACGCAGUGAACCGCAGCGUGCUGCAGCGGCUGCUGCGCUCGCUCGGAGCAGAGCAGCUGGUGUUGGCCCGCAACGGCGCAGAGGCAGUAGCGGUGUGUGAGAAGGAUGGAGAGGGGUUGGAUGUGGUGUUUAUGGAUCUGCACAUGCCUGUCAUGGAUGGGUUUGAGGCGUCAACGCGGAUUCUCGGGCUUUGGAGGAGUCGGUAUGGGUCUGAUGCGGCCUUGCUGAGUGAGGUGGCAUCUUUGUCGUUCUAA